UCUUCAACCUUCAGCCUCUUCACCAAAGCCGUCUCAAAUCUCAGAAACGUCUUCACCAUCUUCUUCUUCACUGUAAAUCUCUCCGCCUCUGCAAUGGGCUUCAACAUCAACCCAUCUUCCUCUCUCCCUCAAACACCAUCCAAAAAGCAUAAGAUUUUGCUUGUUUCAAGCUACAUCCUCCUGGCCGCAGCCUCCAGCUUCAUCUUCCUCACUCUCUCCCUCCGCCUCCUCCCUUCUCUCUUCGGCUUCUUCCUCAUCCUCCUCCACGUCCUCACCAUCUGCGUGGCGGUCCUUGCCUGCCACGUCGCCUCCUCUGCUACCAACCGGUGGUAUGCAGCCCACAUGGUGGUCACUGUAGUCACUGCCAUCUUUGAAGGCUCAAUCUCUAUACUCAUCUUCACCAGCACCACCGGCUUCUUGGGAUACUUGAAGUCUUAUGUGAGGGAGGAAGAUGGGGCUGUGAUUCUGAAACUUGCUGGUGCUCUCUCUGUGCUGAUCUUUUGCCUGGAAUGGGUUGUGUUGACGCUGGCUUUUCUCUUGAGGUACAAGGAGUUUGUUGCAGGAACCAAUGGAAGUAGGUUCCAAGAAGAGCAAUCCAAGGAUUGGCCUAGACCUUUCCAAGUUUAUGCUUCCAAUUACGCAUGAUGAUUAUAAGUCAAGAUUCUGAUCUCGGAUCGACUUGGGGUUUCGGUUUUGUUUGAUUGUUUAUAAAUUAUUUGUUUGUUGAUUCAAUUUGUCUAUGGAUUGUUGUCUACUAUGUUAAUGUUAUUACUCUGAGUUAUUUGUUGAGA